AUGGCCACGCCUGGGGACUCCAAAGAGCCCCAAGGCCGUUCAAAUGUUCCAACACUAAUGACCGAUGAUUUAGGGGAAGAAAUCAUUCUCCCAGCAGAGCCAUUGCCUGGAGUCAACUUCGGCGCACACAUCGACGAAAGCAACACCAACGAGCCCGCGGAGCCUGAACACAAAUUUGGCUCAUACUUCCCGCGUCAAGCGAGUCAUCUCGGCGACAAGAGAUCGAUCAAACAGACCCCCACCGAUGCUACUCUACUAAACAAGCUCAACCUGGGCCMUGCUUCUCCCCGACUUAAGCGUUUGAGUACUGCGCCUGUCYAAGGAGCUACCAGACCCAAACCCUUUGCUCGAACGACAACGAUGUUGAGAGGGAAGAAGAAACAAAGGGCCCAUGGGCAAUACCAAUUCGACGACUUGUCGGAUCUCAGUUCUUCAGAGGAUGAAGCCACUGCGAUAAGUAAAGAAGAGGAUAAUAAGGGAAAGCAGGGUGGAUUACAUGAACAGAGUGAUCACCAAGAGAGGCAAAAGGCGAAGAAAGGACGAUCCUUCUCGCGCUUCAACGUGGGAAACGAGCACUUCAAGACCAAAGGAAAGGUCUCGAAGCGUGAUGGACGUUUGAACAUUUCGGUCGACGAGACUGAGGGAACGGGAUACCUGGCAAAGGCUCUUGGACAUACCGUCAAGCAUCAUCUGGACGUCCCAGCUGAAAGGCCAGGUAGGAAGCAGCGACAACAUGUCUCUGACCAUGCUGUUGCCGAUGUCGACGCGGAUGCGGAAUCGAUCGCUUCCUCCCUGCAUACAACUGCCACCAGGCCGAAACUCAACAUUGUCAUCAUGAUCAUUGGCAGUCGAGGCGAUAUUCAACCCUUUCUUGAGAUUGGCCGGAUUCUACGGAGUGACUAUGGACACAGAGUGCGGAUUGCUACACAUCCGACGUUUCGAGAGUUCGUGGAGAAGGAGACGGACUUGGAGUUCUUCUCAGUUGGUGGAGAUCCCUCCGAGCUCAUGGCUUUCAUGGUGAAGAACCCCGGCCUCAUUCCGAACCUUCAGACCAUUCGAGAGGGUGAGAUUCAACGCCGGCGAGCUUCCAUGAAGGAAAUGUUCCAGGGAAUGUGGCGAAGCUGUGUCAAUGCGACAGAUGACGAGGACAACAAGGAGAACCGUGAGAUGAUGGGACACACCAAUCCAUUCAUCGCAGAUGCCAUCAUUGCAAACCCGCCCUCCAUGGCUCAUGUUCACAUUGCUGAGAGACUURGCAUUCCCCUGCACGUCAUGUUCACAUUCCCCUACAGCCCAACUGGAGCAUUUCCGCACCCUUUGGCGAACAUCAAGUCUGGGAAAAGUAACGUGGAUACGAGCUAUGUCAACUUCAUCUCCUACCCUCUGGUAGAGAUGAUGACCUGGCAGGGCCUUGGUGAUAUCGUGAACAAUUUCCGCGAGAAUACGCUGGGUCUGGAGCCAGUCAGUUCAUUGUGGGCACCUGGAGCAUUGUACCGCAUGAAAGUACCCUACUCAUACGCCUGGUCACCUUCACUGGUACCCAAACCAGCCGAUUGGGGCCCGGAGAUCGACGUCACAGGCUUUAUCUUCAUGGACCUAGCGAAAGAGUUCAAGCCGCCCCAGGACCUGGUCGACUUCCUGGAAGCGGGAGACCCUCCGAUCUAUGUCGGCUUCGGAAGCAUUGUGGUAGACGACCCGGAUGGACUGACUGAUAUGAUCUUCAAGGCCWCCAAAAUGGCAGGCGUCCGCGCUCUGGUGAACAAAGGCUGGGGCGGAUUCGGGCAGAGCAACGAGGACACACCAGAUCAUAUAUUCAUGCUGGAAAAUACUCCACACGACUGGUUGUUCCCCAGAGUCAAGGCCGUGAUGCAUCACGGUGGCGCCGGGACCACUGCGAUUGGAUUGAAGUGUGCCAAGCCCACCAUGAUUGUUCCCUUUUUCGGAGAUCAGCCUUUCUGGGGAGCUAGGGUUGCUGAGGCCAGGGCUGGAGCUCUCGAGUGUGUGCCCUGGAAGCAGAUGACAGUCGAGAAGAUGGCCAAGGGGAUCAAAGAACUCCUGACUGAAGAGGCUCAAGAGAAUGUGCAGAAGCUGGCCGACGGCAUGGCCCAAGAGGGGUCGGGAGCUGAGAAUGCUGUCAAAUCCUUUCACAGAAGUUUGCCCCUAGCAGGCUGGCACAAUAUGCGCUGUUCGAUCAUUGAAGACAGGGUUGCUGUGUGGGAGGUCAAGGGCAGUUCAAUGCGACUUUCGGCAUUGGCUGCUGAGAUCCUCAUCAAGCAAGGCAAGAUCAAGCCAAGCAACAUAAGACUCAUUCGACAUGUAGAGUGGAAUGAUUUCGAUGGACCGGGCGAGCCUAUCAGUGGCAUUGCGGGUGCCACCAUGGACUCCCUGACAAAUAUGGGUGCGGGUGUUGGAAUGGUACCGGUCAGAGUAGCAGAGCACAUGAGGAAACGGGCCAAGCACGAGCGCAAGAAGGCGAACAGAGAGAAGCGGAGGGAGGCGAGGCGAGAAGAGAAAAGGCAGCGCAAGGUUGAUGAAGCUGCUGAGAAAAAGUCCGCCCCGGUCGCCGAAGAAUCAAAUUCUCUGCAUCGACCAACCACGAAACGAGGAGAAACUGAGCUUACGAUGGCGUCGGCAAUAUCAGCAGAUCCUGAAGUUCCUCUGGCAGCGGAGGUCGUUGGCGACGUUCGACAAGGCUUCAAACGAUCCGGCCACGCAUUGCUUACAAUGCCAAACGAUUUGCAUGUGGCCGUCGCCCAAGGCUUUCACAACGCUCCCCGACUUUGGGGCGAUUCUACCGUACGAAAACCUGUUCGGAUAGUGGGGUUCAAGACGGGAUGUGUUGCUGCCCGCAAGGAGUUCACAUAUGGUAUCUGGGAUGCCUGGACCGGUUUGGUCACACAGCCGAUUGGUGGGUGGAAAGAUGGAGACAACAUACCGGCCAAAGCCGCUGGAUUUGGAACUGGUAUCGGGAAAGGACUUGGCGGAUUUGUAUUGAAGAACAUCAGCGCCGUCAUCGCCCCGCCUGCUUAUAUUGGCAAAGGCGCAACCGUAUACCUUGAGAAGAGGGCGGCGCAUGACGGUCCAGGUAGCAAGGCUUACCUCCGGAAAGCUCAGCUCACGCAAGGAGCCAUCGACCUCGAGGCCUUGCGCAACGAGGAAGGUGGCAGUGAGAAAGUAAAGGACGCGGAAGAGAAGGUCAGAGAAGGAUGGAACAUCUAUGAGGAUAUUUGGAAAGAAGCUGCAAAGGACUAUGGGCCUGUCGGUGCUAAUCUCAUCGGACGAUACAAGUAUUCGAAGGAGAGACGACGGUGGCAUGAAGCAGGCGCACUUGAGAAUACUCACACUGCGAAGCGCGCUUUGCAUGUUCGUAGAGAUGGCAAGGACUUGGAGAAGCAUUUUGCAAAGCGCAAACAGGAGAUGAAAGUUGCAGAGGAGCCCAGAGUUGGCGCCAUGGAGGAGCCAGGGAAACGGGAGAAUGAACUGGACGUUCUCCCGAACGGGCACAAAAAGGACGAAGCGAGCGCAGCAACCGGCAAAGUUCACGGGCAGAAGACGGACGACGAGACCCGCGGCGCGGAGACGGCAUCGGGAGAGAAACGGUCGUCGGAGUCGGAGAAGACUGUCGUGGCCACGCCAGAGCCUGACGAUAACAAGGGCAUCUCUCCAUCCGCUGGUCUCGCUAAGUUGCCAUUUGCACAUGCUGACGCUGGCAUGGGCAUGGGCAAGCUGAGCAAGCCAACGUUGGGCAGGAAUACGGCUACUGCGUGA